AUGGAAAAUGCUUGGAAGGAGAAGGGAACAUUGUCUGUGACAACAGGACUUUCUGCUCCUUUUAACAAUUUAGCAAUUAUAUAUAAACAGCAGGGCAAUUACACAGAUGCAGUAUCUUGCUAUAAUGAAGUUCUCCGAAUUGAUCCUUUGGCGGCUGAUGCACUUGUCAAUAGAGGGAACACAUAUAAAGAGAUUGGGAUAGUUAAUGAAGCCAUUCAAGAUUAUAUUCGAGCCAUCAAUAUCCGACCUUCAAUGGCAGAAGCUCAUGCUAAUCUAGCUUCUGCUUACAAGGACAGUGGACAUGUUGAAGCUGCUAUAAAAAACUAUAAGCAAGCACUUUUUCUACGUCCUGAUUUUCCAAAAGCAACUUGUAACCUUUUACAUACAUUACAGAAUAUGUAUAUGGCACAUGGGUAG